AUGGCUCACACAACAAAGCAGUGGAUCCUCACCAACAAGCCCACGGGAGCUCCCGUCCUCUCGGGCCCGGAUGCCACCUUCAAGCUGGAGACCGCGACCCUGCCGGCGCUGAAGGAGGGCCAGGUCCUCGGAAAGGUGCGGUACUUCUCCAACGACACCGGCCUGCGCAACUUCAUCCAGAGCACCGUCGCCCCGGAGCGCUUCUACGUGCCCACCGUACCGGUCGGCUCCCCCAUGCGCUCCGGCAUCAUCGCCGAGGUCAUUGAGUCUGCGUCGCCGACCUACAAGGCCGGAGACCUGGUCAUGGACUUCCACCUGGGCACCUGGAGCGAGCUUGUUGUGUUGGACGCCGCUCUCUGCCAGCCCUUGGCUCCUCUGCCCAACAAUCUGCCCAUCACCCACUGGCUGGGUGCCUUUGGUGCCUCUGGCCUGGCCGCCUACACCGGUCUGUACUUUGCCGGACAGGCCAAGCCUGAAGACACAAUCGUCAUCUCGGCCGCGGCCGGUGCCACUGGCUCCAUGGCUGUGCAAAUUGCCGUCAAGCUCCUUGGUGCCAAGCGCGUCAUUGGUAUUGCCGGUGGAGAGGAGAAGUGCGCCUGGGUGAAGGAGCAACUGGGUGCGCACGAGUGCAUCAACUACAAGAGCCCUACCUUUGUUGAGGACCUGAAGGCCGCCACCCCUGAUGAGGUCGACGUCUACUUCGACAACGUCGGCGGCCACGUGCUCGACGCCAUGCUGACCCGCAUGAAGAAGAACGGCAACGUCGCCGUCUGCGGCGCCGUCAGCAGCUACAACUCGGACGAGCCCAUGGCGCUGAAGAACUGGUUCGAGAUCAUCUCUAUGCGCAUCAACAUCCGCGGUUUCAUCAUGCUGGACUACAUGGACAAGGCCGCGGCCAUUCUCGGCGAGCUCAUCGGUGCUGCCGCGGACGGCAGAAUCAAGCUCGGAGAGGGCGAGACCGUGGUAGAGGCCAAGAUUGAGCAGCAGCCCGAGAUCUGGAUGAGCUUGUUCACCGGUGCCAACCAGGGCAAGCUCCUGACCAAAUUGAUUGUGUAA